GAUAAAUAUUAAUUAAGACUGGCUGCUGAAAAAAAGUUGUCUGCAAAUGUUGAAGUUGUGUCUGCCUUUAGAAAAGCCCAGGUGAAGGCAGACUCCGUCGAAGAUGUUGUCCUACCCGAGCUAAAUUUGUUUAGCAGGUGUCAUGUUUGACAGAGCUAGUCAUAAAACGUUUUUCUCUUUCUCUGUGAUGGACCUUUUCGCUGAUUGAGAUCUUCUUUCGCCCAAGCCCCCGCGGAGACGGUAAUCGGUAUACUCAAGAGGAUAAUGAGUUCGCGCAUUAUUCGCUGAUGACUAGACGUCAUAAAUCAAAAUGUUUAGUAAAAGCAAGAAGUCGAAAGAAGGUAAGGCGCGGAAUGGCAAGGAGAGCCCCAGCCAUGGUCCAUUCAGCAGCAUGACUGCAUCUCUUCCAAAAAAUAUCUUCUCUGGAAAAUCUCGAAAAAAUUCGGGAGGAUAUGUAAUCGCUGAUGGAAGUACACACACAUCUCCAGCUAAGAAUGGUCAGUCCAUGCCGAUGGGGUCCUCAGAAAUGUUGACUCGGUCCCAGACAUUAAGUCAUUCCCCAGGACAUGCAUAUUAUUUCGAGGGAGGAGUAAACAGUCAUGGAGGAGGAAGUCCCUAUCAUAGUCCCUCUAAUCCAGCAUUAUCUUCUAAUCCUGUUCUCUCUAAUGCCCACAGUAGUCCUUAUAGCAGCCCAACAAAUUCUGGCAUGAAAUCCAAUACUCUUCACAGUGUUCGUUCACUUCGGGAGAGAUAUGAGCAAGAUGGAAGCCCACAGCUCAGUGAGCGGUCACUAGAGAGACAGAUUGACAGACUUCAGAUGUUGGCACAGAGUGAAUCCAAUUCAAACAUUAGUCCCAGAGACCUACACAGUUAUACUAUGUCAUCAAGUUUUAGCAGGGAGAGGGUGACAGACAGGGAAUACCCUCAUAUGGGAGCAAGGUCGUUGGAGCGUGACCACCACUACCCCGGGCGGUCCCGCUCUAUGGAACGUCCAGAUUAUACUACACAGCUGUACAAUCAAGAGAUGAGGAACUUCCGUGACACUUUUGUCCUGGAUUUGGAAGGACAGAUCGCUGAGUUAAGCAAGGACUGUGCCAAGCUUCAACAGGAACUAGACUCAACCAAAGAAAAGCUGAGUUCUAGUAUGAACAGUAUUAAAACUUUCUGGAGUCCAGAACUGAAAAAAGAGCGAGCCCUGAGAAAGGAAGAAAGUGCCAAGUAUUGUUUGAUGAAUGAACAACUGAAGGUGGCCCAAGCUGAGCUUAAGAAACAGUCCUCUGUGAUACAAAGUCUGGAAAACCAAGUCAGUCUUGGGGAAGAUGUUCAGGCAAGUUCCCGAAUAUCUCAACAAGAAAUUGAGAUUCUUCAGCGAGAGAAGGACAAGCAAUCAAAAGAAAUACUCAUUUUACGAAAGACAGUUGAUGAGAUGGAGCUACGAAUUGAGAUUCAGAAACAGACGCUGGCUGCUCGAGAUGAGAGCAUGAAGAAGCUGCUCGAGAUGUUACAAAGUAAGGGCCACUCAGUGGGCAACAUUCAGGAGAACCAGCUCGAGAUCGAGAGUCUGCAGGCUCAGAGACUCGAGGAUGAGCGAAAGAUCAAACAACUCCAGAACGAGCUCAGCCAGCAGCAGGAUGAGUCUACAGCGCUCAGAGAGGAGAAGACACGUUUGUCUGAUGAGCUGAAGGAACUGGACCUACAGCUGAAGCAGAUGCCGGCCAGUACACACACCAUGAAGGCCAUGCUAGAGGCCAAGGACUCUAGGAUCGCAGCCUUGGAGAAGGAUGUGCAGGCCCUGGAGGAUCGGAUGAUGAAGAACCAGGAGAGUGGGUCGGAGGGAAGCAUGAAGAAGGAUUCCGGACACAAGGACAGCCUGACCGGGAAAGAGAAGCAGCUCCGAUCAGAGAUUGAGAGAUUAAAGACAGAUCUGUCAAGGAAAGAGACAGAACUAGAAGGCCUGAAACUGAAAGUGGACACCUUGACCAGUCAACAGUCUGAGAAUCAGCAACACAUCACUGUACUGAAGGACCAGGUGUCAGCCAAAGACCGACAGCUAGCCAUGCUACAGACAGAGCUUGAUGAGUUCCGUGAGAAGCUGAAGGAGAAGAAUUCCACCAUCGAUAAGAACGACCAGAAGUCCCAGAGUCUGCAGUCCGAGAAAAGACGGAUCGAAAGUGAGAUCUCGGAGCUCCGUGAACAGAUAGAGACCAAGGACCGCAAACUCACUCUUCUGCAGAGGAAGAUUGAGGCCCUGGAGGAAGACCUUAAGGAGAAGGAUGCCACGAUAUCCCAGCUGAAGGCCUCGCAGACACACAUGGAGGAUACAACAUCGGCCAUAGCAACACUGGAGGAGACCAUCACAGAGAAAGAGAAACAGAUAGAAAGACUGAAGGAGCAGAGAGACCGGGCGGAGUCGGAGCAUCAGGAGGAGUGUGACCUGUACAUGAAGAGGAACCACGACCUAAAGGCUGAGGUGGAUAGGCUUCAUCUAGACGUUACUGACCGACAGACUGAGCUAUGUGAAUUGAGAGAGGAAGUAACAGAAGCAGGGUCUGAAAAAUUCAAACUAGAGAGUCGAAUCAAACUUCUAGAACAGGAAGUGCAGGAUAAGACGGGGGAAAUUCAGAACCUGAAGGCUGAAGUGGAAGAGAAAACAAAAGCUACAGAAGGGAAGACUAUGGAUGAAGAGAGCGAGAAGAAAAUAGCUGACCUAACAGCAGAGGUCAAAGUUCAGGAGGAGGAGGCGAGGUCAACCAAAGCAGAGGUUGAAAGGUUACAGACUAUUGUUAAAGAGAUGGAGGAAGACAAGGCCAAGAAGGAAAAAGACAUUGAAGAAAUGCAAGAAGUGAUAAAAGAGUACAAGCAGAAAAUGGGAACAUUGAAGCGAACACAACAGAUAGAGAAAAAGAAGAACGCCCACUUACUGGAGGAGGCCCGGAGGAGAGAGGGUGACCUCAGCGACGAUGCAUCGCAGCUCAAGGAUGCUGUGAUUGCUAAAGGGGACAGAAUCGAGGAACUUGAGGAGGCCCUGAAGGAGAGCGUCCGCAUCACGGCCGAGCGGGAAAUGGUAAUGGUAGAACAGCAACAACAGCUGGAGGAGGCGGAACAAAAGGUGGCAGAACUGACCAUGGAGCUGGCUCGGAACAAGUCUUCUGAGAACAGCGCCCGGGUCAACUUCCUGACGAAGCAGCUGGAGGACAAGGAGAUGAAACUGAAGAAGUUACAAUCCGAGCGACACAAGCACCUAGAGGAGGUGUAUGAAAUGAAGCAGGAGGCCAUUCAGGCGGCAAUGAGUGAGAAGGAUGCUAACAUCGCUCUGCUGGAGAUGACCAGCACCAAACAGCGGAGGAACACCGAGGAAAUCGAUAAGCUGAACCGAGAGAAAGAAAAGUUACAGCAACAACUCAAGGAAGUGACACAAAAUCGGAUGAAGCUGAUCCAGAAACAGGAGAGACGGAGCGAGUCUCUGGGGCGCUCUAAAAAAUCUCCGAGUCACCGAGCCAAGGGGAUGUCACCCGACCGUGUGAACCCGUACGUCCUGACCGCCCCCGCCUCUCUCGACUCCUGACACUGGACUCGGAAUAAAGAACUGACCACUACAGACUAACGGGACAGUACUCACAGUAUUAUAACUGUAUUACAUGCAAUACAAGAUCCUUUGAGAAAUUGGACAUAGAACCAAUGCAAUUGUCUUUAGCAGGGUCAUACUACCAUCCAUCUGUAGGGCCACUUGUCGCUAUGUGUAUCUCUUGAAGAGUCAGAGUUCUGACCCCCUAGGGUCGUAGCUUUGGAGAUGUCAUUUCUAUUUGGCAUCUCGUCACAGCCUUUUAUUACGCGGGCCAUUACUGAAUCCCUGUGCUGUAGACCAAACCUUAGACCAAUCCUUGUAGCUUGUUGUCCUUGUGAUGCUCACAGGCUGUGAUCGUCAGCAACAAUUUGUGGUUUUUUUUAUGUUAGUUUAUUAAAAAGUUUUUUUUCUUAUAGGAGCAUAAUAGAUAUGUUCAGUUUUCAUAAGAAUCUCAAAAUGAGUUCUUAUAUGAAGUUUUUCAUCCAUAUUUUGUGAAAAGAAAAUGUUUUUGUUCACAGACUGAAUAUGAAUGUGAUAAUAUAAUCAUGAGAGAAAUUAAUUUAGGCCAGUACAUGUAUUUUAUUUGUGUACACUGUGAGAUGGCUCCUACGGCUAGCUUAUAGUUUAUUUGUUUCAUUUAUUGAUUGCCCACUUAUUUUUACCCAACUCAACAAUCUACAAAAUUAGGUUUUUGAUAAGAUGUUGGUUGCUGAGAGGAACCUAAGAUUAUUUUUUGUCUGAAGCAAGGUAUUGAAAAUUGUAUGAGAAAAAAAUCAGUGAUAGAUGGAUAUUAUCUUUAAAAAAAAAUAUUUAUCUACCCAGUCCCUAUUUUUACCCUUUGUACACAUGUAGUGUGUAGAAAAAAAGCACUUUUAGUUUAUAAACAUGACGAAAUGUUACCUCAAGAAUUGAACAAGUUUUAAUUGUACUGGGCCAGUGGCAAUACCCUGCAAUCCGAU